AAAAAUCCUUCAUUCUCGCUCUAUCCACAUUGCUUCCAUUUUCCCUCUCUUGCUAUAUAAGCUGAAAAUUAAGCAUACUUUUGAGAGAAAUAUAGAGAGAGGAGAAGAUAGAGAGAGUUACAGAGAAAGAGAGGGCGGCCUUCAUGGUUUGAUGUUAUAGAAGAAGAAGAGAAAGAACAACCAUGGCUGCUUCUUCUCCUUGUUUGACUGCUACUGAAAAGAAGCACUGGUGGCUUAGCAACAGAAAGAUUGUACAUAAGUACAUCAAAGAUGCUAGAAACCUUAUUGCGACGCAAGAGCAGAGCGAGAUCGCAUCGGCUCUGAGCCUCCUUGACGCGGCACUGGCUCUAUCGCCUCGUCUGGAAGCCGCUCUGGAACUCAAAGCGAGAUCUCUGCUCUCUCUGAGGCGAUUCAGAGAUGUAGCCUUGAUGCUUCAAGACUACAUUCCCAGUCUCAAGAUGGCCGACGAUGAUUCAGGUUCGGUUUCCUCGGAUAGCUCGUCGCAGCCGUUAUCGAGGGAACGAGUCAAGCUUUUGCCUUCUGAUAAUUCGUCGUCAGGCUCAACGGGUCGUGAUCCGAUCUUCAAGUGCUUCUCUGUUUCGGACUUGAAGAAGAAAGCGAUGGCUGGCCUCUGUAAAAAUUGCGACAAAGAAGGACAAUGGAGGUAUUUGGUUUUGGGGGAAGCUUGUUGCCACUUGGGCCUAAUGGAAGACGCUAUGGUCCUCCUCCAGACCGGGAAGCGUUUGGCCUCGGCCGCAUUCCGCCGUGAGAGCUUCUGCUGGUCCGAAGACAGCUUCUCAUUAUCAGACUUAUCUAUAUCCGGUGAAGUCUCUGCCAUCAAUACCCCUCUGUCCCCUCCCCGCGCGCUUACCGAUUCUGAAAACGUCUCCCAGCUCCUCUCUCACAUCAAGUUCCUCCUCCGUCGUCGUGCCGCAGCCAUCGCAGCCCUCGACGCUGGCCUAUACUCGGAGGCAAUUCGUCACUUCUCGAAGAUCGUCGAAGGUCGCCGGCCAGCUCCCCAGGGCUUCCUCGCCGAGUGCUAUAUGCACCGGGCAUUCGCAUACAAAGCGUCUGGGAGAAUUGCGGAAUCUAUCGCGGACUGUAACAAGACUCUCGCACUCGACCAGACCUGCAUUCAGGCUCUUGAUACCAGAGCUUCCCUUUUCGAAUCGAUCCGGUGCUUACCAGAUUGCUUACACGAUCUCGAGCAUUUGAAAUUGCUGUACAAUUCGAUAUCGCGAGAUCGGAAACUUCCUGGUCCAGCUUGGAAGCGACACAGCGUGAGGUGCCGUGAAAUUCCUGGUAGACUCUGUGCUCUCACAACAAGGAUUCAGCGAUUGAAACAGAGAGUGGCAUCCGGUGAGACUGGAAAUGUUGAUUACUAUGCUUUCAUCGGACUGCGGAAAGGCUGUUCAAGAUCAGAAUUAGAGAGAGCGCAUUUGCUGUUAACUUUGCGGCACAAACCCGACAAAGCGACCGGGUUCAUGGAACGGGUCGUGUUUGCCGAUGAUCGUGAUCUUGAUUCGAUCAAGGACAGAGCGAAGAUGUCAGCGUUGUUGCUUUACAGGUUGUUGCAGAAGGGUUACUCAAGUGUCAUGUCAACAAUUAUGGAGGAAGAGGCUGCGGAGAAGCAGCGUAAGAAGGCGGCAGCUGCUUUACAGGCAGCACAAGCAGCAGUUCAAGUUCAAAAGACCCAGAUUUCUAAGCCAGAACCCGAAUUGACCCAAACCUUGGAGGUUCGGGUCGAGAGUAAAACGACAGCGUCUUCUGUUAAUCAAAAUCCAUUCCAAGGAGUUUUCUGUCGAGACAUUGCUGUAGUUGGGAACUUGCUGUCACAAGUUGGGUUUAACCGGCCAUUACCAGUUAAAUUCGAGGCGUUAAGCUGCUAAUUACGAAUUCCUAUUUCAAAAUUGGAGAACUUUGCUUGAGAUGUUUACCCGCAGCCGAAUCUCUCGGUCAUUUUCUCUCCAUGUACAAAGGAAAAAUUUGCUGCCGGGAAAUUUUGUCACUUUAUAUGCCUUUUUUUAAUAAUUUUAAUUUUAAUUUUGUUGUACAGAAUUAAAUUUCCCAGUACUUAAAUUUCGGGCUAUGGUUUAUCUUAGUCCCUCCACUUUA